AUGUCCAAAAACACUAAAAAAUUCCCAAUGUUCUCAAUGUUGCUUGAUGUCGAUUCCUAUGAUGUCCUUAUUAAAGAUAUUAAAUCAAACAAUUUGCACCAAGAAAUAUCGAAACAACUUAGAAUUAAAUACCUAUCAAAUUCUGCUCAGGAAUUAGAUGAAGUCGAAGGGAAAAUGUUUGUAGAUACCAGGGCCCCGAAGACCACUAUCUGUGAGGAGGUGCUCAGAUCGUUCAAUUUGACUAUCUCUGACGCAAAGAACCCCAUAAAAGUAACAUUAAAUAAAAGACCAACAAAGGUGGAAUUAUCACCUAGUGAAUCCAACUUCAAUGACUUAAAUCUCCUUGGUGCUGAUUUUCUGGACCUUUAUGAUGCCCAACUGUUUGCGGACUACGGUGAAAGUUAUUUCACUAUAAAAUUUAAAAACAUAACUAAUGAAAAGACAGUUACGAAUUAUACAGCCAAUACGACCGAUAUUAAUCCAAUUGUUUUUGCUGGGCCUAUUUUUAUUUUGCUAGUACUUAACCAACUUCCUCGCUCUAUUAAAAAUGAUAUAUGGCGACGUCUCACAACUCGGAAAUAUCCAUUGAAAGUUGAAGAGGCGAGUAGUAUUCAUCCGGUAGUGGAGGAACUGCUAAAUCGAGAGGUAGCCAACUACUUGAAGAAAAAGGAUCGUCAACGUCUGAAAACAACGGCAAAUUCAACACCAGGUGGGAAUGAUACUCUUAACAGGUUAGUUUUAUUCGAGCAGUCUCUUUCUGAACGAGAAAAAGAAAUGACUGACCGUGAAAAUCUGUUGCAUCAACGUGAAGAAGAAUAUACGAAGAAAUUGGAACAUGCGAAAUUAGAGAUUCAGAAAACAAUAACCAAUAAGAUUAAAAUGGAAAACAAUGUCUAUCUUAGUGCUGAAUCCCAACAAAAAAUUCUCUCUCUCUAUGAUUUAUUUACUUCUUUCGUGCCUAGUCAGGCACUUGAUAGCACUAUAGAACCAAAAACAUAUAGUAAUGCAUAUGAAAGAGAUAGUUGGUAUGAUUUACGAAGAGGUGUUGAGAAUGACCCAGAGAUUCGAAAAAAAUAUACAUUCCGAAAAAAUAGUGUUACUCAAGAGCUGUAUAUACCUUCUAGGAAUAGCCCAAGAAGUAAUAGGGAGUGGGAUAAAACAAUAGAAAAAAUCCACAUUUUUGCUAAGAGUAAAGGUUAUAGAGACUCUAGCGGAGCUACGAAAGGAAGAAAAUUAGACAAGGAAAGAUUUACUACUAUUCAUGUUCAUAAAAAAUUUAAUGUGCCUAAUUGGGGACGUGACAAAAGUCUUAUUACUCGUAACAUUCAGUUUAAUAAGCGUAAAGUUAUUACAAUUCAUUUUGAUUCUGAUUCUGAGGAUGAUUGUAAUGAAAAUACUGAAGAUAAUAAAAAAAACAUUCAAAAUAAUCUAAAUUUCAAAGAACUUGAAUAUAGAGGAAAAAACUUUGCUUUAAAGGAACGGAAAAUUGCUUUAAGGGAUAUAUUACCGCAAAUACAAAUGUCGAUAUUUUCACCGUCCGUUCCUGAAAACUGCACAAUAAAAGGUAUAGCUACAAGUAUCUGUUUGAAAGAACUUACAAAAACACAGCUUUAG